AUGGGAAUACUUUUGGUAUAUGAUGUUACAGAUGAACGUUCUUUCAACAAACAGCAUGCAAGUGAAGGAGUUAAUAAGAUCCUUAUUGGUAAUAAAUGUGAUUGGGUUGAAAAGAAAGUAAUUGCUAAAGAACAGGGUCAGGCACUUGCUGAUGAAUUUGGUAUUAAUUUCUUGGAAACCAGUGCUAAAGCUAACAUCAAUGUAGAAGAAGCUUUCUUCACUUUGGCAAGGGAUAUCAAGAAAAGACUUAUUGAUACACAUGCACAAGAACAACAAAAUCAUCAAAAUAAAAGACUUGAAUUGGAUAACAAGCAUCUUAAAGCCAACACUGGCUGCUAA